AUGGCUUUUGUCGAGAAAGCCAAGAAGGCGGCGCUGUGGUUUGCGAAGACGUACUGGUUCUACAUUGGGCUGGCGAUCUUCGUGGUGAUCGCGCGGUUUGCACCGAAUUUCGCCCGCCACGGAGGGCUUAUCCGCGCAGAGUACACCAUUGGGUACGGUGCUGUGGCGGUCAUUUUCCUUGGGUCCGGCCUGUCCAUGGGCACAAAGCAGCUGAUGGCCAACAUGGCGAACUGGCGCGCGCACACGGUCGUCCUGGUGCUGCAAUUUCUCAUCACACCGGCGAUAAUGUAUGGAUUCUGCAGUGCAAUCAAGGCGGCCCAUAAUCCCCAGAUCGACGACUGGCUGCUUGUGGGGCUAAUUGUGACGGCGUGCUGUCCGACGACGGUGGCGUCGAACGUGGUGAUGACGCGGCAGGCCGACGGAAACGAGCUUUUGACACUGAGCGAGGUGUUUAUUGGCAAUAUGCUGGGAGCCUUUAUUACGCCGGCGCUGUGCCAGAUGUUUUUCAGGGGAGCAUGGGAAUUCGGCAACCCGGCCAACGGCUCGUCUAUCACACGGGUCUACAGAGACGUGAUGCAGCAGAUUGGGUGCAGCGUGUUUGUGCCGACGUUUGUGGGGCAGGUGGUGCAAAACCUGUUCCCGAAGCAGACCAAAUGGUUUCUCACCACGUUCCGGUUCAACAAGGUGGGCUCGUUUAUGCUUUUGCUAGUGAUGUUUUCGUCGUUUUCGACGGCAUUUUACCAGCACGCAUUCACGGCAGUAAGCCACGCGUCGAUCAUCCUGGUGUGUUUCUUCAACGUUGGGAUCUACAUGCUGUACACGGUGAUCUGCUUUGCUGUGUCGCGGCCGAUUUUCCUGAAAAAAUUGCCCGAGCCUGCGGGACAGGGUGGUGCGUAUGCUUGGUUCCACAAAACUGUGGCUCCGUUUUACUACGACCGCCCAGACACGGUGGCCGUGAUGCUGUGUGGAGCGGCGAAAACGGCCGCAUUGGGGGUGUCGCUGGUGUCGGCACAGUACGGCGACAAGAACGAGUACCUGGGACAGCUGCUGGUGCCGUUGGUGCUGUACCAGAGCGAGCAGGUGCUUUGUGCGGGCUUCCUGACCCGGUUCAUGAAGAUGUGGAUCCAUGCCGAGGACAGAGACAAGGAGGUUGAGAGUGAUAGUGCUUAA